AUGGCUUCCGAAGGUGAAAAUUCCGAACUUUCGUAUAUCUUCGAAAGAAUGAUCAGAAACAGAGACAUGUCUCUCUUGUUACCCUUCAUCCAAGGUCUUUCUUCCGCCGCUUCAACUCGAAGAAACACCGACCGCAACCUAGAUCAAGAAUCGUCGAGUAACGAAGAUUCCGAAGAUUCCGAAGAUUCCAACCGUCAAAGAAUCAUCUUGGUGAACCCUUCCACACAGCGAAUGAUUAUAGUGGAAGGAGUAUCAAGUCUCGAAACCCUGUUUCAGGAACUCGAAAAUACUACAAAGAAGGGUCAGCCACCAGCUUCAAAGGAGUCGAUAGAAGCUAUGAAAAGGGUUGAAAUUGAAGAAAGCGAUCACGGAGAGUGUGUUGUUUGUUUGGAAGAGUUUGAGGUUGGUGGAGUUGUUAAAGAAAUGCCUUGUAAGCAUAGGUUUCAUGGUAACUGUAUUGAGAAGUGGUUAGGGAUUCAUGGGUCUUGUCCUGUUUGUAGGCAUCAGAUGCCUGCUGAUGAGAAAGAUGAGGGAAAGAAAAUUGACGAAGAGGAAGAAGCAGAAGAAGGUGGAGAGAGAAGGAGGGUUGGUGGUGAAGUUUGGGUCAGUUUUUCUAUUAGUAGGAGGGAUAGGGGAAAUCAUGAUCAAAAUCAAGUCACUUCUGGUGGUGAUUCAAAUGAUUCUUCAUCAAGCCCUACAGAUGGUGACGAGACUGGGAAUUGA